AUGGGGGCCGGGGCCAGCGCUGAGGAGAAGCAUUCCAGAGAGCUAGAAAAGAAGCUGAAAGAGGAUGCUGAGAAGGAUGCUCGCACCGUGAAGCUGCUGCUGCUGGGUAGGGGUGCGGCCAGUAUUGGGGAGGGGCUGCUGCGGGUCGGCAGCCUGGGGCCAGGAAGCUCUGACUGCGGUUUGGGUUGUAGGAUUAUCCACCAGGAUGGUUAUUCGCUGGAAGAAUGCCUCGAGUUCAUUGCCAUCAUUUAUGGCAACACUCUGCAGUCCAUCCUGGCCAUUGUUCGGGCUAUGACCACACUCAACAUUCAGUAUGGAGACUCCGCACGACAGGAUGAUGCCCGGAAGUUGAUGCACAUGGCGGAUACUAUUGAAGAAGGCACGAUGCCCAAGGAGAUGUCCGACAUCAUUCAGCGUUUGUGGAAAGACUCGGGUAUCCAAGCCUGCUUUGAACGUGCCUCAGAGUACCAGCUCAAUGAUUCUGCUGGCUACUACCUUUCAGACCUAGAGCGUCUGGUGGCUCCAGGGUAUGUGCCCACCGAGCAGGACGUGUUGCGUUCUCGUGUCAAAACCACUGGCAUCAUCGAGACACAGUUCUCCUUCAAGGACCUCAACUUCAGAAUGUUCGAUGUGGGCGGGCAGCGGUCUGAGCGCAAAAAGUGGAUUCACUGCUUUGAGGGUGUGACCUGCAUCAUUUUCAUCGCGGCACUGAGCGCUUACGACAUGGUGCUGGUGGAGGACGACGAAGUGAACCGAAUGCACGAGAGCCUGCACCUGUUCAACAGCAUCUGCAACCAUCGCUACUUCGCCACGACAUCCAUCGUGCUAUUCCUCAACAAGAAGGACGUUUUCUCUGAGAAGAUAAAAAAGGCACACCUCAGCAUCUGCUUUCCCGAUUACGAUGGACCUAACACUUACGAGGAUGCCGGCAACUACAUCAAAGUGCAGUUCCUCGAGCUGAACAUGAGACGUGAUGUGAAGGAGAUCUACUCUCACAUGACGUGCGCCACCGACACACAGAACGUCAAGUUCGUCUUUGACGCUGUCACCGACAUUAUCAUUAAGGAGAACCUCAAAGACUGCGGGCUCUUCUGAGGUGGGAUCCUAGCUAGCCAGACCUUCCACCGUCCUUCUCGAUGCCAGAAUUCAUGUGUGUCCCUUGCUCUGAGACUGUAGCCCAACUGCCCUGUAGUCCCCUCCAACAACUCCUGUGCCUCAACCUGCUGCCAGACAUCAAAGCCCUGAGGCUUGAAGUGCGGACCCUCCCCUAGGUCCCCAACCCCGCCCUUCACCGCCUGGCUGCACUGGCCUCUUGGACCCACAGCAGCUAGCCUCAGCUAGGACAAGGCAGGACUUGGGACAGCUGGAGCUCACAGUGACUCAGCAAUGCCCGAGUGACCCGAGUGACCCGGGUCUCCUGACGCCCGUCUGCCACCCCCACCAGCAGCAGCUCACCUGGUGGAUCUCGGUUCAGCAAACAGCCCGCCCUCCCUCCCCAGCUUUCAUGAAGGGCUUGAGGUAUCCCUCCCUCAAGCAGGCCUGCCUCUUGCCAGCAGGUCAUUCCAGCCUGCUACCUGCAUAUGACAAGUCCAACAUCUGUCCCCCCAGUGGUCAGUGACUGUUCCUUCCAGCAACCCAAGGGAUUCAAAGUUCAAGCUCUGGUCUUUUGUAGCCUCACAUAGAUAAAUCAGUGACUUUGAGAUGGGUUCCAGAGAGAGACACAAGCCAAACCUAUUCCCAGAUACCAGGCUCGGGGUAUCUCCCGGUCCCUUGUCCCUCUGGGUCUUCCCUCUCUGUCCUUGGACACUUCCACACCCCACCUCAUUCGCCCACACACAAUACUCAGGGUUUUCUGGUCAAGGUGUGGUGUAUUGAAGGAGAGUACAUUGACAUCCGCUAUGACCAAUAACCAAGCUAUGCUGAGGGGUGGCUGAGGGCAGAGUCCAACGCCUAUUGAUCAACCGCGGGCAAAGAAUAUCCCAUGUGAGGUUGCAGGCAAUCCCAUGUGACUCUGUUCUCCCUCCUAAUUCAAGGCCCAGUCCUUGGGAGAGAGAAGUGAAAACCAUGCCUGAACCAUUAUAGACAAUGUCCCAGCUCCCCAGCCACCUCUGCUUUCUUCAUCAAGCAGCAAGUCUUUGCUUAAGCCUGUGGACCAGAGGCAGUGCUACGGUCUGAGACACAGUGAUUCUGUCCAGCAAGGCUAGGGCGUAAUCUGUACUUCCCCUAGCUACGUGCCCAGACUCAGCAAUAAACCUUUGCACCAGGUCUGCUGUUCUUCCUUGGGUCAGUGGGGGAAUCUUAGUUACCAUGAGUCCGGGACGUUUAUUAAGUUCCCAGUAGUAGGCAUCUGUGAGCUAAGAAGAGGAUCCCUUCCGAAGUAAAGCACAAGCGUGUGGCCUGACUUGGGCUCGAGAGAUCUCAGAGGAGGAUAAUGGGUCCAACUCAUGACUCUUGGCAGAGGCUGAGGGAUAUGGGAAAUGUUACCAGGACAGUCUCAGGUCAUCAGGGAGCUUUUUGUUUGCUUGUUUUAUGAGACAGUGUCUUACUGGGUAGCUGAGGCUAGUUACGAACUCACUGUCCUCCUGCCUCAGACUCCGAAAUUAAAGACGCUGAAAUUAAAGGCAUGCUUCUUCGAAGGCACCUAGUGACAAGGAGAGCUGAGGCAGAAGCUUCUCUGACAGAGGCAGUAGUGUGGAGGUUCAUGCGUGUACCACAGUGCAAAUGUAAAGGCCAGAGGACAACUCUGUGGUCUCUUCUUCCACCUUUAUGUGGGUUCUGGGGGUGGAACGCAGGCUCGCUCAGCCAGUAUUUUGUCCACUGAGCCAUCUUGCUGUGAUUUUAAAGAUGUAUAACACCACACUGGACUGUGACUUGUAAAAAAAUUUUGGAGGCUCUCUUUAUGUAGCCUUGGUCAGCCUGGAACUUGCCAUGUAGACCAGAGUGUCCUCAGCCCCACAGAAAUCAGCCUGCUGUGAUUAAAGACAUAUGCCACUA